AUGUCAGGUUUCCAAACACCAGCCUCCCCAAGGCGUAGGUUUCAUAAGAGAUCCAUGACCGGUUUCACUCCGACCGAGAUUAAGGCAAUUGACCAGUCAAUUCCUAUCAAGGCAAGAGAAGCAUGGACCAGAUAUGCCGUCAAAGAGUUUGCAACACCGGAUGAUUUAGAAUCUUUGUUCAUCAAUCACGUUGAGACUACGUUGGCAAGAUCCAUGUACAAUUGUGAUAACUUGGCUGCCUACAGUGCAUUAUCGUCGUCUAUCAGAGACAAGCUGAUUCUUCAUUGGAAUAAGACCCAGCAGCUGCACACUUUGAGGGAAGCCAAGCGUAUCUACUACCUUUCUUUGGAAUUCCUUAUGGGUCGUGCCUUGGACAAUGCCAUGAUCAAUUUGGGUAUCAAAGAGCUUUGCGGCAAGUCUGUCGAUGAGUUAGGUUUUAACCUAGAGGAUGUUAUUGAUAUUGAGCCCGAUGCAGGUUUGGGUAACGGUGGUUUGGGACGUUUGGCUGCAUGUUUUGUGGACUCAUUAAGUACCUGCAACUAUCCAGGUUGGGGUUACGGUUUAAGAUACAAUUACGGAAUCUUCUCCCAGAAGAUUGUCGAUGGAUACCAAGUUGAGGCUCCUGACUACUGGCUUAAGUAUGGAAACCCUUGGGAGAUUCCAAGAUUGGAAAUUCAGAUUCCUGUCGACUUCUAUGGCUAUGUCACGACUGUCACUGAUCCAAAAACAGGUAAAGCUAAGAAGCAAUGGCAAGGUGGUGAACAAGUUCUUGCAGUUGCAUAUGACUUCCCUGUUCCUGGCUAUCACACUACCAAUGUCAAUAACCUCAGACUGUGGUCAUCAAAGCCAACUUCUGAAUUUGACUUCCAGAAAUUCAACGAAGGUGAGUACGAUAGUUCCGUUCAGCAGCAGCAGAGGGCAGAGUCCAUUACUGCUGUUUUAUAUCCAAACGAUAACUUUUACCAAGGAAAGGAGCUACGUUUGAAGCAGCAGUACUUCUGGGUUGCUGCCUCUUUGCACGAUAUAGUUCGUAGAUUCCUCAAGACCAAGAAGAAGUGGUCCGAAUUCCCGGACUUGGUUGCCAUUCAGUUGAAUGACACCCAUCCAACCCUUGCCAUUGUUGAGUUGCAACGUAUCUUGGUUGACCUUGAAGGCUUGGAGUGGGAUGAUGCAUGGGAUAUUGUUACCAGAACAUUUGGCUACACGAACCAUACCGUUAUGCAGGAAGCACUCGAGAAGUGGCCUCUUGAAUUAUUUGGCAAUUUAUUGCCAAGACAUUUGGAGAUUAUUUACUUGAUUAACAUGGACUUCUUAAAGACGGUGUCUAAAAAAUUCCCUCAGGACAGGGAGCUCGUUAGAAAUGUUUCGAUCAUUGAGGAGUCAGAUCCAAAGAAUAUCAGAAUGGCCAACCUGGCUGUUAUUGGUUCGCAUAAGGUGAACGGUGUUGCUGAGUUGCAUUCUGAAUUGAUCAAGACUACCAUCUUUAAGGAUUUCGUCAAAGUCUUUGGCCCAGAGAAAUUCACGAAUGUUACCAAUGGUAUCACCCCAAGAAGAUGGUUGAAGCAGGCAAACCCUGAAUUGACUGAUCUUAUUGUUUCCAAGUUAGGCUCCGAUUUGUUCUUGGUCGACACAGUGAGAAUGAAGCAGAUUGAGAAGUUUGUUGGAGAUCCUGAGUUUAGAAAGUCCUGGGCUUUGAUAAAGCUCCACAACAAAGAGCGUCUUGCUAAGUUGAUCAAGAAGCUCACAGGUGUCGUGGUUAAUCCUCAUAACUUAUUUGAUAUUCAGGUCAAGCGUAUUCACGAGUACAAGAGACAGCAGCUUAACAUAUUUGGUAUCAUUUGGAGAUAUCUACAGAUCAAAGCUACCCCAGCUGGAGAGAGGGCCAAAAGAUUCAUGCCAAAGGUUUCUAUUCUUGGUGGUAAAGCAGCCCCUGGCUAUUAUGCCGCAAAGAAAAUCAUUAAGUUGAUUAACUCGGUCGCAGAUGUUAUCAAUAAUGAUAAGGAUGUUGGAGACUUACUCAAAGUUGUCUUCGUUCCAGACUACAAUGUUUCCAAAGCCGAGGUUAUUUGUCCUGCCUCAGAUAUCUCUGAGCAUAUUUCUACCGCUGGUACGGAAGCUUCUGGUACGUCUAACAUGAAGUUUGUUCUUAACGGUGGUCUUAUCAUCGGUACUGUUGAUGGUGCCAACGUUGAGAUCACCAGAGAAGUUGGUGAGGAUCAAAUCUUUUUGUUUGGUAACUUGGCCGAGGACGUUGAAGAGCUUAGACAAGACCAUCAGAUGGGUAAGAUUGACAUUCCAGAUUCAUUGGCUUUAGUCUUCGAGGAGAUCGAAAAGGGCACUUUUGGUCCUUACGAUGAAUAUAGAUCAUUGAUCGAGUCCGUGAAAUACAACGGUGAUUUCUAUCUUGUCAGUGAUGACUUUGAGUCUUAUCUUGAGGCUCAGAGCACAAUUGAUAAGGAAUUCAAAGACCAGGACAACUGGGUUAGAAAGAGUAUCAUCUGUGUUGCUAAUAUGGGCUUCUUCUCCUCGGAUAGAGCUAUCCAGGAGUAUGCAGAGAACAUUUGGAAUAUUGAGCCUGUGUCUGAGCAGGUUUGA